AUGUACGAACGCGCUCCGCUGCCUCCAAGACCUCCAAGGCCCCCGCCACCUAAUCCCCCGGGCGUUAAGAUGGCCAUCACCAAAUAUACAGCUGGUGUAGCGAUGGUGAACCUAAUCGUGGAUGGCACCCUUAGCAGUAGGAUACCCUCCUGUACCACCCUGCCACCGGAGGGUACCCUCCUGUACCACCCUGCCACCGGAGGAUACACCGACAGUAUCCUAGCACGGCAGGAACGUAGUAGGGAAUCUCCGGCAGCAAGGACUCUAAAUUCCACGCUUCCGCAAAGCCAGUCGUCCACCCAGCUGCAGCAGCCAGGGAUGGUGUUGGGCAGUGGACUGCAGCAGGUAUGUGGCCAUGCCAGGCUGCACGCCAGUUUUUUGUACAGGGGCCAGGGCUGA